AUGACAUUAAAUAAAUUUACCCUCUUAUGUUUAUUACUUGAACUUGCAUUAGGAAACGAUUUAGAAUUCAAGCUGCAAGAAAUUCCUAGCCCUUAUUGUAAAAACUCAUGCAGUUUUUCUGAAGAAUAUCUAAAUCUUAUCACUUUUACAGUCUUAGCUCGCAUAAGGCCUUCAGAUAAACGCUACAAAACGUUUUUAUCAGCUCUUAAGCUAAUGAUAGAUCGCAAUUCUUAUAGACUUAUAGAAACUGGCUCAUACCGAGCAUCAGAUGAUAAAUUUUGUGUCCGAGACGGGUGUGGAACAUUAAUUUUUUCUCAAUUUGCUUUUCUUACUGACAGAGAAUUUACCUCAAUUGAUAUAGAUCAAGAAACAGUUGAGAUAUCAAGAGAAGCUGUCAGUUUUUUUGGGGAUAAUACAAGAUUGAUUUGAAGUGAUAGCAUUGAAUAUUUGUCAAAAAUCAAUGAAACAAUCGACUUUCUAUAUCUUGAUAGUUUUGACUAUGACGAAAAUAGCCCUGAGCUCUCUCAAGAGCAUCAUUUAGUCGAAAUUAUGGAAACAUAUAAUAAACUACAUAAGGAUUCUAUUAUAUUGCUUGAUGAUUGCAAUUUACCUUAUGAAGGAAAGUGCAAGCUUGUAGGAGAAUUUUUAGUUGAAAAUGGUUGAGAAAAGGUAAUGGAUGAGUAUCAAAGAAUUUACCUUCAUAAAGAUAGCUUUCUUUAA